AAAACAGAAAGAGGCGUUUAGUGUUGAAUUGAAAACAGAAAUGGCGGGGAUGUUGUUUUUGUUAUUAUCACCGUCAACAUGUAACGGAGCCUUCUGCUUGUGAAGUUGGACAGGGGAUGUUCUGAUAGCAAAAAGAAUGGCGUCGCUUAUCAACAAUGAGCAAGUAUGGUAUUUAGCCGGCUAAUGCUAACUACAGAUAAGCCACAUUGUGUUCUGUUUAGCAACGUCAGGGGUCCCUUCUGUUAGCUACAAUAUUUGAUCACCGAGAUCAAUUAAUGCAAUACUUGUGACAUGUAGAUUCACUGAAGCAACCUUAGCUGUACCCACAAUUUAGUACACACAUGCCUGUCGAAAAAUAACCGAAUAGCAGUUGCCAUUUGGACACCGGUUAUCGUCCGUGUCGUGUUGCCUCACCUGUUGCACUGGUAGUUGUUGCAUAUCCAGCAAACUGUAGACAAUGUCAGUCAACGGGAAAGUCAUCCCGCACACCCCGCUGGCCGUGGACUUCUGGCAGGUGCGGAAGUGUCCAGGCACACGGCUGUUUUUCCUGUCCCACAUGCACAGUGACCACACGGUGGGUCUGACUUCUACCUGGAGCAACCGGCCCAUCUACUGCUCACCGACCACCGACACUCUGCUGAGACUCAAGCUGCAGGUGAAAGAAAAGUGGAUCCACCCAUUAGAGCUGGAUGAGCCAUACCUGUUGCCAAUGGAUGACAUCGGCAAGGAGAAGCUGACAGUCACACUGAUAGAAGCCAACCACUGUCCAGGCUCUGUCAUGUUUCUCUUCGAAGGCUACUUUGGCUCUAUACUGUACACUGGUGACUUCAGAUACACUCCCUCCAUGUUGCGUGAGCCAUGCUUGAGGACCCACACCACUAUAGAUGUCCUGUACCUGGACAACACCAACUGUGACCCCAACCGCACCCUUCCCUCCAGACAGCAAGCCACUCAACAAAUCAAAGAGAUCAUCCGCAGACACCCAAACCACAAUAUUGUCAUAGGCCUGUAUGCACUGGGCAAGGAGUCUUUGCUAGUGGAGCUGGCAAAGGAGUUUAAAACCUGGGUUGAGGUGAGCUUUGAGAGAAUGCAGACCCUCAAAGCCCUUGAGCUGCCUGACGUCUUCACAACAGAACCAGGUGCCGGUCGUAUCCGAGUUGUGGAGCAGUCGAAGAUCUGCUCUGCCAAUGUACACAAGUGGGACAAAGAACAACCCACUCUGGCCAUCUUGCCCACCAGCAGGCCCCUGGUGCCCUUUCACCCAAAUGUCCAUGUGGUUCCCUACUCCGACCACUCCUCUUACCAAGAGCUGGAGGACUUUGUCUCUGCACUUAAACCUACCUCCCUUGUACCCAUUGUAGGAAACCAUGUACCUGCUAGCUUCUCUGCCUUACUGCCCCGCAGAAAGCGCCAUGAAAUCCUGGUGCCUGAGUGUGUCCGACACUACAUGUUGAGUCAGCCUGAGAGCCAACUCAGCUCCUCCGCAAACACCAGCCCCCGCCGCAGACAAGAAGAAGACGAAGAAGAAGAGGAGGAGGAAGGAGCCGACUCCACGGUACAACAAGCAUUUGCCAAGAUUCAAACAAUUGGACCAGAGGGUCCAGCUGUUGUUUACUGCCCCUGGACAAUGAAAGAAAUGAAGGAAGUGUUGGAACAUCUCCCUGAAAUUCAACAAGACGGCGACAAAUUUGCCAAAGCCCUACUCCUGUUCUGCCAACAGUUAUCUCUUACCAUGCCUGAGAUAAAAAAAUUACUGACAUUCAAAAUCGGGCCAACACAUGCCAGCCAUUUCACAGCACUGCUGGCCGGUCAAACCGGGUUGAAGAAACCACAAUGGGACCAUGCAGACAACGCCCCACACCGCAACGCCCUCACCGACGCCAUCAAAGCCAAGUUUCCAGCCAAAUUUGACAUGUCAAAGAUCUUUGCCUGUAAACAAAAUGCAGAAGAAUCAGUAAAUGACUAUUAUCAUCGUCUGCAUCAAGUUUUCAACGAAAACAGCGGCAUCGCCAAGCCUGAAGGCUACCCCACCCCUGAGACAGGCGUGUGGGAGGCCCACCUCAGCCACACUUUCCUCAACGGUCUCGCAGCCCCCAUCUCCACAUCUGUAAAACAAACCUGCAUUGGAGUGAUGGAUGGCGCCAGACUUGAAGAAUUGCGCAGACAUGCCGUACACGCCCAACACCGCCUCAACGAAGAAAAGGUCAACGACGACAAGAAAAGACGUGACAGGAAAGACAAAGCCCAACUGACCAUGGUCCAAGCUGUAACAGGUUGGUCAUACCAACCCCAAGGCAAUAACCGUGGCCGAGGAGGGUACAGACGGUAGAGGUGGUUUCAGAGGCAGAGGACGCGGUGGCGAGGGACAAAACACCCAUGGAGGACGGGGCAGAGGCCGCCAAACC